AGAGCGAGAGAGAGCGAAAGAGGCUAGAACGAUCCUCUGUCCGAAUCCCAUUUCCAACAGAUAGUUUUACCUACCCGAUCGAGUCGCGUGUGCACGGGCACCAUGCGCGCUUUUCAAGGGCGACAAAACUAUAUAACCUUUUCACCUCUUUUGGGAUGUGAAGAAUGUACAAUAUUUCGGAUGUGUUCUUUAGAAUAACAGUAUUUACACUAAAUAGCUAGUUUUGUUUAUCAACUCAGCAAACUAUACAGAGUAGUCAGCUGUAGUUUUUGCAGCGGGUUGUAGGCUACGCGCGUUCUGGACAGCGGACCGGCACGCAACUCAAGUUGUUUAUAACGUUUGACAUUCCCACAGUAGGCUCCAAGGAAAGUAGUCUAGGUAGGAAACGGGGAAACCCGGGCAAGGCGGGGCCGAACCGGAGACAGCCAAAGGGAUUAUUGAAUAACUCACGUUGCCUUGAAGCUUCGCCCUGUAGCCGAACCACUCGCAGAGUCGCAGCGUUUUGGGGAAACAAUCAUUGUCCACCCAUUGGAAUUUGGGGAAGCUUUAUUCCCAACUACUUGGUGAUUAGUCUACGCUUCAAGUAGCCUAGGCUACGGAGAACAGAACUAGUUUGUAAACGUCGGUUGUGGUUAUUUGCUUUGGAAUAUACGUUUCUGGACAGAUUUGGGGGGAAUUAUUUCCCCAGCCCCGUUGGACCAUGGCGGACGACGACGUACUGUUUGAAGAUGUUUACGAGCUGUGUGAGGUCAUUGGAAAGGGUCCGUUCAGCGUGGUACGAAGAUGUAUCAACAGAGACACAGGACAGCAGUUUGCUGUGAAGAUCGUAGACGUGGCCCAGUUUACCUCCAGUCCUGGACUCAGCACAGAGGAUCUGAAGAGAGAGGCCAGUAUCUGCCACAUGCUGAAGCAUCCUCACAUCGUAGAGCUAUUGGAGACGUACAGCUCUGAUGGCAUGCUCUACAUGGUCUUCGAGUUCCAUUCUCUCUCUCUCUCCUAUAGUAUGGAUGGUGCAGACCUGUGUUUUGAGAUUGUGAAGAGGGCAGACGCUGGCUUCGUCUACAGUGAAGCGGUGGCCAGUCACUACAUGAGACAGAUCUUAGAGGCACUACGGUAUUGUCAUGACAACAACGUCAUCCAUCGAGACGUGAAGCCCCACUGUGUCCUCCUAGCGUCUAAAGAAAACAGUGCUCCAGUGAAGCUGGGAGGGUUCGGCGUGGCCAUCCAACUGGGAGAGUCAGGACUGGUGGCUGGAGGUCGUGUAGGCACGCCCCAUUUCAUGGCCCCAGAGGUGGUGAAGAGGGAGCCGUAUGGUAAGCCUGUAGACGUGUGGGGCUGUGGAGUCAUCCUCUUCAUCCUGCUGUCUGGCUGCCUGCCUUUCUACGGCACCAAGGAACGCCUGUUCGAAGCCAUCUGCAGGGGCAAAUACAAGGUAUUGAACCCAAGGCAGUGGGGACAUAUCUCAGAGAGUGCUAAGGACCUGGUGAGACGGAUGCUCAUGCUGGACCCUGCAGAGAGAAUCACUGUCUACGAGGCACUCAACCACCCCUGGCUCAAGGAGAGAGACCGUUAUGCCUAUAAGAUCCACCUGCUAGAGACGGUGGAACAGCUGAGGAAGUUCAACGCCAGGAGAAAGCUCAAGGGAGCCGUACUGGCAGCAGUCUCCAGUCACAAGUUUAACUCUUUCUACGGAGACCCACCAGAGGAGAUGCCUGACUUCUCUGAAGACCCCACAUCCUCAGGACUACUAGCAGCAGAACGGGCUGUGUCUCAGGUUCUGGACAGCCUGGAGGAGAUCCAUGCGUUGACAGACUGCAGUGAGAAAGAUAUGGACUUCCUACACAGUGUCUUCCAGGACGAGCAUCUACACACACUACUAGACCUUUACGACAAGAUCAACACGAAGUCUUCUGCCCAGAUCAGAAACCCCCCCAGCAAUACUGUACAGAGAGCCAAAGAGAGCUCCAUCCAAGACGACGCCGCUUUGAAACACCUGGAAUAUGUACUGGAAGAGAUCUCUUGUUACCCAGAGAACCACGACGCCAAGGAGCUCAGACGGAUACUGACCCAGCCGCACUUUAUGGCCUUGCUCCAGGCCCAUGACGUGGUGGCCCAUGAGGUGUACAGUGAUGAGGCUCUGAGGGUGACCCCCCCGCCCACCUCACCCUACCUGAACGGAGAAUCCCCCGAGAGCACCAACGGAGACAUGGACCUGGAGAAUGUGACGAGAGUACGACUGGUUCAGUUCCAGAAGAACACUGAUGAACCUAUGGGCAUCACGCUGAAGAUGAAUGAUCUGAACCACUGUAUCGUAGCCAGGAUAAUGCACGGAGGAAUGAUCCACAGACAAGGAACGCUGCAUGUAGGAGAUGAGAUCAGAGAGAUCAACAGCAUCAGUGUAGCCAACCAGACAGUAGAGCAACUACAGAGGAUGCUGAAAGAGAUGCGAGGCAGCAUCACCUUUAAGAUAGUGCCAAGCUACCGGACACAAGGAUCCUCCUGUGAGAGAGAGUCCCCCUCCAACUGCAGGCAAUCCCCUGCCAAUGGCACUGGCCACUCCAGUGUUAACAGUUUUAUCUUGGAUCUGCCGUCUACCAUCCAACCCAAGGGUCGACAGAUGGUCGUACCCAGACCUCCAAUCAAGGAUAAAAUGUCCGUCAAGAUCUAUGUGAGGGCCCAGUUUGAGUAUGACCCCUCCAGAGAUGACCUCAUACCCUGCAAGGAGGCUGGGAUUCCCUUCCGGGUCGGUGACAUCAUCCAGAUCAUCAGUAAAGACGACCACAACUGGUGGCAGGGAAAACUGGAGAACACUAAGAACUCCACCGCAGGGCUCAUACCCUCACCAGAACUCCAGGAGUGGCGUGUGGCGUGUAUCGCCAUGGAGAAGACCAAGCAGGAGCAGCAGGCCAGCUGUACCUGGUUUGGCAAGAAGAAGAAACAGUACAAAGACAAGUACCUGGCCAAGCACAACGCAGUAUUCGACCAACUAGAUCUGGUCACGUAUGAAGAGGUAGUGAAACUGCCUGCGUUCAAGAGGAAAACACUAGUCUUGUUAGGUGCCCAUGGAGUAGGCAGAAGACACAUCAAGAACACACUAAUCACAAAACACCCCGACAGAUUCGCCUACCCUAUCCCACAUACGACCAGACUUCCUAAGAAGGACGAGGAAAACGGGAAGAACUACUACUUUGUGUCACAUGACCAGAUGAUGCAGGACAUCAGUAACAAUGACUACCUGGAGUACGGUAGUCACGAGGACGCCAUGUACGGCACGCGGCUAGAGACCCUCCGCCAGAUCCACGAGCAGGGACUCAUCUCCAUACUGGACGUAGAGCCACAGGCCCUGAAGGUCCUGCGGACAGCAGAGUUCGCUCCCUACGUUGUUUUCAUCGCCGCGCCAACCAUUACCCCUGGCAUCGACGAGGACGAAUCAUUGCAGCGUCUUCAGAAGGAGUCAGAAAUUCUCCAGAAGACCUAUGCCCAUUACUUUGACCAGACCAUAAUCAACAACGAGAUAGAUGAGACCAUCAGACACCUAGAGGAGGCUAUAGACCUGGUCUGUACCACCGCACAAUGGAUCCCUGUGUCCUGGGUCUACUGAAGAAGGAACACAUAGCCCUCCUCUGCUCUGCUCUGCUCUCUCCUCCUCUGCUCUGCUCUGCUCUCUCCUCCUCUGCUCUGCUCUGCUCUGCU